CCCGGGCGUGGGAGGAAGCCUGCCGGGGGGCACUGAGGUUCCCCCCUUGGGUGGGAGGCGGGGGGCUGCGCCGGGCCUCGGGAGCAGUAUUGGCGGAGAACAAAGAAUUGCACAGAGCACCCCCAAGUCGUAAUCGCCCUCAAAGUACUAGGACAAGGGUGAAUUGGGCAAAGAUUAGACACCUUUUUGACAGGUGCCUUGAACACCACUGACAACACGGUUCUGAUAGUAUUUCAUGACAAUGGAUGGUGAUAGUUCCACAACAGAUGCUUCUCAGCUAGGAAUUUCUGCAGACUAUAUUGGAGGAAGCCAUUAUGUUAUACAGCCACAUGAUGAUACUGAAGACAGCAUAAAUGAUCAUGAAGACACAAAUGGUUCAAAAGAAAGUUUCAGAGAACAAGAUAUAUAUCUUCCAAUUGCAAAUGUGGCAAGGAUAAUGAAAAAUGCCAUACCUCAAACAGGAAAGAUUGCAAAAGAUGCCAAAGAAUGUGUUCAAGAAUGUGUGAGUGAGUUCAUCAGCUUUAUAACGUCAGAAGCCAGUGAAAGAUGCCAUCAAGAGAAACGGAAGACAAUCAACGGAGAAGAUAUUCUCUUUGCCAUGUCUACCUUAGGCUUUGACAGUUACGUAGAACCUCUAAAAUUAUACCUUCAGAAAUUCAGAGAAGCUAUGAAAGGAGAAAAAGGAAUUGGUGGAACAGUCACAGCUACAGAUGGACUAAGUGAAGAGCUAACAGAGGAGGCAUUUACUAACCAGUUACCAGCUGGCUUAAUAACUGCAGAUGGUCAACAACAAAAUGUUAUGGUUUACACAACAUCCUAUCAACAGAUAUCCGGUGUUCAACAAAUUCAGUUCUCAUGAUCUGAAGAAAUGAUGGCGUGGAGCGUGUAGAGAGGCAAGAGAGUCUGUGUGAUUCUGGGACAGAGACAAGAAGAAAAUGACUGGUGAAAAGAUGUCUCUUUGUAUAUUAAAUAGCUGUAAUGUAGCUUCCUAAUGCUUGACUAAUUGAGGUGUUAAUUCUGACUUGAGAAUCUUUUUCAUGAAUGAUUUUAAAAGAAAAAUUUGGAUUUUAAAGGUAUUAAAAUAUUUUUGUUUUGUACGAGAGUUUGUUGCUCUGUAUGAUUCCUGUAUGCAUUGUAUAUUGCAAUUUAUUACUGUCAGAGAUUUGUAGACAGUUUCUUAUUUUCAUAUUGAAUCAUGUUACUUUUGUAAUUCAAGCAAGCAGCGGGGUCAACUCAUGAUGUUUGCCCUUUUAAUAAAAUAUAAGGGUAGAGUUCAUUUUGAAUGCAAGUUGCCUUUAUUAUAAAUUUGAGUUUGUCUUGGUUAUAUAUAAUAUCGUGCAUGAUAACCUGGCUAGAUUUUUAGCAUUUGCCAUAUUUAUUAAAAAUAAUUUUUGGUAAAACA